AUGGCUUCUACACAGGUAUCGCACGGAUCCAGUGUUACCAGUAAUGCUAGCAGCAACAACAACAACAAUAGCAGCAGCAACAACAACAACAACAAUAAUAACAACAAUACCUCCACCUCUUCAUACGCCAACGUGCUGUUGAACUUGAAGGAACAGAGCAAGGACUCGUCUGGCGGACAGGCGGACAGCAACAAAGAAAACAUCGGCGGUGAAUUAGGCAGCAGUACUCAGAACAGCGGUAAAGGCAAACCCCCGGCCACGAAGGAAGCUGUAAUGCUCAGCUCCGGGGCACCCACUGCAUCCUCCACAGGUACCGCUGGUCAGCCAACGGCCAGCACCGUGCCCUUGGGAGACGGAAGCAAGGACGCACUUAACAAUGAGGUUGACCAGAAACACGGACUCGAAGAGAUGGAGGACGAUUCCAACUUCGUACCGGUUGUGUCGCAUCACAAGCGCGAUCGCAAGGCAAAGGCGGCUGCAGCGGCGGCUGCGGCUGCGGCCACCGUAUCCGGUGCACCGGGGGGUGGUGGCAGUGGUGGUGGUGGUGUUGCGAGAUUACCCGGAAGACGUCCGGCAGCCCCGGGAGGACCGCAACCGCACAGCAAGCAGGGUAAACUAGCGAAUGAACGUGGGCCGGACGAGAAAGGUUCGUACCGGAAGGAUAACAAGCGGAAAUCAAGCGAUCGUAGUCGCACGCACACUAACGCAGCCGGUGAGCUGUCCAAGGAUGAUAAGGUGCACGAGGUGCAGACGGAGGGAGGCAACGUAAGUGUCGGUAACGGGCCGGUCAGCAAGCUGCAGCAGCAAACAGUAACCACCGGAAGUGGGGUCACUUCCGUGGCACCCGGCACUCCGUCGGAUGAAGAGGAUCGUGGCAAGGACGAGUCGAAGAAAUUUGUUGAAGCGCCACUGCCGAAGGUGAACGCGUGGAAGGUAACCCCGUCCGUCGAACCUGCUCCGAUUCCAACGAAUGACACACGCACCCAAAGCAGAUCCAACACCGGCCCGGUUAAAGCAGCAUCUUCUUCGGUCGCUAGCGGACCGGCAGCAUCCACUGCCGUUGUGGCCACAGCCAGCACAGCACCAUCCGUAGAUAAAGCUGACAGUUCUGGUUCGACCGGAUCCGGAUCCGCUGAAAAACGUGCCCUACAACCGAAGCAACCGGUCAAAACACAAGGAAACGGUAACAAUAAGGUAUUGGCAGCGGCAUCUCAACCGGUCGGUGGAAAAUCUGAUAAGAAACGUAAUAACGCUAAGUCUGCGGAUUUCACGGCGAACAGCGGUGAUUGGCCAUCGCUAGGGGAAAAGAAAACUGCCGCCACCACCGAGGGUGCGAAAAAGGUCGCUCCGAGUGAAAUGAUCCUAGAGAAGCAAACUUCUACGUCAAAGGCAUCUGCUGCACCGGCACCGGUAUCUGCCGGGGCGGCUGGAUUGCAGCAUAAAUCGACAGAAGCAACGGCUGUGCCAUCGUCCUUGCAAUCGCCGAAAAAGCAGCAAACCUCUGAAAACGUGGCGGUAAGAGAGGCCGUUUCGGGUUCCUCGAAAACGUCCUCCUCAAGUCACUCCAGCAGCAAUAAUGGUGCCGUUAACAAUAAUACUAACCCCUCGUCAGAAGAGGCGGGAUCAGCUGAUGCCACUGCCAAAGCUCAGCAUUCGGCUGGGCCGAAAUCGACCACCGAUGAUACUGCGACCGUAUCCGGUGGCAAAAAAUCGACCCAGUCUCAGCAUCCAACGGCAAAAGCGGUGAACGAUGUCUCUGUCGUUCCCUCUGGUGCCGGUGCUUCAGAUCAGGCGGCUCCGACGCAUCCACAAGCUCGACCACACAGCCGAGCUCGAGCAACAGCACAUGACGGUGAAGUGAACGGAAGUACAGCGGCAAACAGCACCACCCGGAAGGGACCGCGACCAAAAUGGGUCCCGCUCGAGAUUGAGUUGUCGAAUCCACGGCCAAGAAGAGAACGUACACCUCGCCAUAGGCGAUACGACGAUUACGACGAAGGAAGUUGGCACCAUCAGGAAUCGGCCACCGGCCAACAGCAACAGUCACAGCAACAAUCGCAGCAACAAUCGCAGCAGCAACACCAGCCGGCAGCACAUCAGCAGCAGCAGUCACAGCAACAGCAGCCACACUCGCACAGGGGUAAUGCGCCACCGAAUCGAAUGAACAGGAUGCGACCAUCCCGUGGAGGAGGAGCUGGACCACCGUCGUACCGUGGACGAGGAAAUGGGCGUAUUUCCCGUGGUGGUGUUAGUUUCAGCUACCGUCGUGGUGUUCCCAUGCGAUCGGGCGGAAACCGGCAUAUCGAUCGGACAAACGCGGCUACGGCGGUGGUGGCUGGCGAGAACGGUACAAUGGUUGCGAUGGGUGCAGGACAGGAUUUCCAAGACUUUACAGCUGUGAACAAGAUCGGUUCCGAUCAAGCGGCGUUCAUCAUGCCUUAUCUGAGCACGUUUUACUACAAUGGCGCUCCGUUGAUAGGCAUGGAUCAGCUGAGCAUAAAGGAGUGUAUUAAAAAGCAGAUAGAAUAUUACUUCAGCGAGGAAAAUUUGAAUCGCGACUUUUAUCUACGUCGAAAGAUGGAUGCCGAAGGGUUCCUACCGGUUACACUGAUCGCAUCGUUCCAUCGAGUGCAGGCGCUGACCGACGACAUCGAUAUCAUCAUCGAGGCAAUAAAGGAAUCCGACAAGCUAGAGCUGGUUGAAGACUAUAAGGUGCGCACCCGAGUAAACCCAACAGCGUGGCCAAUCGACCACUCGGUGCCCAUCGUAAUCGGUGGGUUAGGUUUUACGGCAAUGGGCGAACAUCCGGACUUUCAGCACGGACAAUCCGCACAGGAUGGGGUUCCGUUGCGAUCCGCAGGUGAAAGCCUGGCCGCACAGGAACAGCAGCAACCAGCAGCAGCCACUGUUGCUGUAGCGUCGUCAGGCCAGAUCGCAGGCGAUGGUUCCGAUGUUGCGGUACCGAAUCCACAACUGCAAGUGGCCUCGAAAAUCCUGUCUAGUAUUCCACCGCCACCACUGCCGCGAAAUAUUCGAAAUCCGGUUAACAAAGCGACGAAAACCGUACCAUUGUUGAUACCGUGCGUCAGCGUGGCCCCGAUGGUGAAAUCCUGCUCAGUGAAGGAGGUGACACCGAAGGCGUUGAUCAAUGCACCACCGGGAGCGAUCCCUGCCACCAAUCCAGUGCCUGCUAACGAAAGAGGGAAAGCCGUAACGACGGCUGGUGGCGGUGCGGCGGAAGAAAAUCUUAAUCCCGAUGUGCCGGAGUUCGUUCCGACCGCACAAGUGAUGGAGAGGCUUCAGGCAGCCGCUAGCAAACAGUCACCGACGAACGAGAAGAAGCAAACGGCUGCUCCGAGUGGUGGUGGAAAAAAAGGUUCAACUAAAGGGCCGGCUGGUAAGGAGAAGAAUGAGGAUAGAAACGAACUGUCCGCUAGUGGUGGCAAUACAACCGUUGGUCCAUCCCAAACCGAAGAAGAUGCUAACGACCAACAACAACAGCAGCAGCAGCAACCAGAGGCUGCCUUGUGGAAGGAAGUGAAGAGACGAUCGCGUUCGGGUCAACCACACUCCCAGCAAGCGCCCGCAGCACAGCAGCAACACCAGCAGCAACAAAAACCGCAGAAACAGCAGUCAAAAAACAGUAGCGCUACCAGCAGUGUUAGCGGACUUGCGUCCACUGGUGCUGCUGGUGGCACAAAUGCUGCAUCGAUGGAGCAGCAACAAAAGCAACCAUCGUCACAUGUUGCCCCUCAAGGAUCGACAGGAGGCUCUGCGCAACUUCCGCAGGACAAUGGUGCCGGCAUUGCGGGUGCAACGGCUGGCCUUCAAGCGCCCGGAACCGCGACGAGUGGUUCCGCAACGGAGGAACGCGAAGAACUUGACUUCCAGUUCGACGAAGAGCUGGAUAUUCCACGGAGCUGCGGUGGUCGCGUGAACCACUUCACCGACAAUUGGUCGGAGGAUGACGACGAGUCGGAUUACGAGAUUCCCGACAACGAAAUCAACAAGCUGCUGAUCGUGACGCAGCUGACGAACCGGCUGCCCAAGCACGAUGGUUACGAUCGCACCGGGGACUUUACGACCCGCACGAAAAUCACCCAGGAUCUCGAGCGCAUCAUCAACGACGGGCUGUACAACUACGAGGAGGACCUGCUGACGAUUAACACCGGUGGCCGGCGAACUGGCGGUCACCACAACUACCGCACGGUGAAUCUAAUCUCCCAGGAGGAGUUCGACAAGAUCGUGCCGAAGCAGCUACCAAAGCAGCCGAACCAGGAGGUACCGCCAACGCUGGAGAUUCCACCGAGUGUGACCGUGGUGUCGCCAACACCUCCGGCUCCACCUUCCACGCUGGUGGAAGGCGUCAGUUUGGAUAUGACCGGCGAACACUCGCUGCUGGACCUGAGCGAUCUUAACGUAAGUGCCGCCUCCACUUCGACCGGUAAUCGGCACAAGGCGCGGUUCUACGCCGUGAAUAAGGACGAGUUUGUGGAUCCGAUUACGCCUCGUAAGCGUAAGACGCGUCAUCUCACGAACCCGCCCGUGGAGAACCACGUCGGGUGGGUGUUGGAUGCGGUGGAGCACCGACCCAGAACGGCCAGCAUUGGCAGCUCGGCCGGAACUAGUCCGACAGCGUCUAGCUACGGUUCGCUGCCGCACAGCUUGCCCGUGUUUCAGCAUCCGUCUCACGCGCUGCUGAAGGAGAAUGGCUUCACGCAGCAAGUCUACCAUAAGUACCACAGCCGGUGCCUGAAGGAGCGCAAACGCAUGGGCCCGGGCCAAUCGCAGGAGAUGAACACCCUGUUUCGGUUCUGGUCGUUCUUUUUGCGGGAGAACUUCAACAAGAACAUGUACAACGAGUUCCGCCAGCUGGCGAUCGACGACGCGUCCGAGGGAUUCCGGUACGGGCUGGAAUGUCUGUUUCGGUUCUAUUCGUACGGGUUGGAGAAAAAAUUCCGAACCCAACUGUAUGAAGACUUCCAGGAGGAAACGGUGACGGAUUACGAAAAUGGGCAAUUGUACGGAUUGGAGAAAUUUUGGGCCUUCCAAAAGUACUACAAAAACGCUUCGAAGCUAUCGAUAAAUUCCAAACUGAAGGAAUAUCUCGACAAGUUUAAAUCGAUCGAAGAUUUCCGCGUAUUGGAGCCGCAAAUUAACGAAAUGCUCGAAGGCGUGGGAAACUUGAAGCCCUGCCUUGCAAAACGCCGUCCUCGUAGCGUUUCGGAAAGCGAAGGCGUCGCGGUUGUGGUCGGUUCUGCGCCUGGUCCAUCUCACGCUGGUGCCCAAGCAGGGCAUGCAGGGUCAAGUCGGCGUGGUGGCAGCAGUGGUGGUGGAAGUGGACCCUCAACAAGUCACGGCAAUGCUGGUCACUAUGCAAGUCGCAAACGGUGUGACUCAACGGGAAACAAAACCGUAGAAGUGUCGAAUCGGCUACGUGCCCGCACUGGUUCGUUCGGUGACUCGACACAGGUUAUGCGACGCCGUAGCGGAUCGGCCGGGAACCGGGUUGUACGUACGGCAAACAAUGCAAGCAGUAGCGGCAGCCACCGCUCUCUCGCCCCUGGUGGUGGAACUUUCAUCACCCGUAGCACCGCGCAACAGCAACCAUCCACGUCAGGUGGCGUUGGAAGCAGCAGUAGCAGCAGUACCAGUGGCGGCAAACACCUGCAGCAACAGAUGCAGCAUUCUGCUGCAGGUGCCAACAAACCCAUGAAACCAAUGUCGUACAAACAGGCGGCUCAGAGUAACCAUAGCAACAGUGGGAGCAGCGGCGACUCUCCAGCAGCAUCACUAGCAGCAACACUAACAACAGCAACAGCAGCAGCAACAGCAAAUAGUGCCCAAACGUCUAAGCCUACUGAACGUAACGUAACUAAGGAGCGUGGUGCUAAGAACCCAGCUGGAGAUCAAAAGUCUUGA